AGUUGAAAACAAAGCCGCUGCGGAGAGAUAGCAGAUAGGACAUCUCUUUCUCUUCCGCAUAGUAGUGCAUUUUAUCCGCCGCCAAUAUCCUUUUUCUCGCCUUCUUUGACGGAAUAUCCUCCUCCUCCUCCAUCUCUUUGCCCUUAUCCAUAUACAGCUAAAGGAACGGGAGAGAAAAUUGUUUGAUGGCGCUUCGUUUCGAGGUUCUAGGGAGGUUUAAUCAUGCUCGGGCGGCUCAACUAACGCUCCCCCACUUUGUAUGCCAGACACCUCUGUUUAUGCCUGUGGGAACUCAAGGUACAAUAAAAGGUUUAACAACUAACCAGCUUGAGGAGAUUGGUUGUCAAAUAAUUCUUGGGAAUACAUAUCACCUGGCACUUCGUCCUACGUCUGAGCUUAUUGAUGAAUUGGGUGGUCUUCACAAAUUUAUGAACUGGCCUAGAGCACUGCUGACUGAUUCAGGAGGCUUUCAGAUGGUAUCACUGCUGCAUUUAGCUGACAUCACUGAAAAGGGUGUAACAUUUCAGUCCCCAGUAGAUGGAAAGCAAAUGCUUCUAACACCAGAGGAAUCUAUUCAAAUCCAAAAUAGAAUUGGAGCAGAUAUCAUAAUGGCUCUUGAUGAUGUGGUGAAAACUACUAUUACUGGUCCACGAAUUGAAGAGGCCAUGUAUCGUACCCUUCGUUGGAUGGACAGAUGUAUAGCUGCUCAUAAAAGACCACAUGAGCAGAACUUGUUUGGUAUUGUACAAGGUGGUUUAGAUCCAGUACUAAGGGAUAUAUGUGUUAGAGGGUUGGUGGAUCGAAAUUUACCAGGCUAUGCUAUUGGUGGUCUUGCAGGCGGUGAAGAUAAAGAUUCAUUUUGGCGUGUUGUUGCUCAGUGUACUGCAGCACUGCCUGAAGAUAAACCGCGAUAUGUCAUGGGUGUUGGGUAUCCACUGGAUGUUGUAGUUUGUAGUGCAUUAGGUGCUGACAUGUAUGACUGUGUUUAUCCUACUCGAACUGCUCGUUUUGGCACUGCCCUUGUUCCUGAGGGAGUGCUUAAACUCAAGCAGAGGGCAAUGGCUGAGGAUACUCGCCCUAUUGAUCCUACAUGUGCUUGUAUGGUAUGCAAGAAUUACACGAGGGCCUACAUCCAUUCUCUUGUUGCAAAGGAUGCCAUGGGAUCUCAGCUUCUUUCAUAUCAUAAUUUAUAUUAUAUGAUGCAGCUUAGCAGAAAUCUACACUCAUCCAUGGUCCAGGGGAGGUUUCCUGAGUUUGUAUGCAGUUUUUUGCAGAAAAUGUUUCCUAAAGGAGAUGUCCCUGAAUGGGUCUGCAAUGCCAUGGAGGUUGCUGGCAUUGAUAUCUCUUUGUGUUGUGCUCCUUUUCCUUCAACGCAAGAUUAGAGUUACAAUUAAAUAUACAAGAUUGAAUUUUAGUGAGGUGACCUUUUUUUGCUUCGGCUUCUUAGAUUGAGAUUAAAGAAAUCUGAUUUACAGGCAACCAAAUAGAGCAGCAUAAAUUUUGUAGCUGAUAUGCUGCUUCACUCCACCGAGGAGAUUUUCCUUUUUGUUUUUUUUAUGUACCUUUUUUUUUUUGCCUUUUUUUGGUCAAAAUUAACAAGUAAAUUUUGUUAACUGGCUGCUGAAUAUAAUCUAUACAAUUUAUUAAAGAAAAUAUUCUAUUGCUUUAUGUAAUAAGGGCCCUUUGGAUGCACGUGUGAGAGAUUUUCAUCGCAUUCCAAAUAAAGCAUAAAACAGCAGAACUACAGCUAUGUGAAUUUUUUUUUCACUUUUUGUUUCACGCAUCCUUUUUAAUUUUGCGUCAAAGUUAAUUCACGUGGGCGGUGGCACGUCGUUUACCAUCCCAAUUUGAAGUUAAAAAACGAAAGAGUGGUGGAAACUGGAAACCAAGUGAUUUUUUGUUUUGUUUGAUUGGAUUGAAAAGGAGAGAAGAGGGAGGAAAUUGAGGUAAUAUGCUCCCUAGAUAUGUUUCCAAGUGAAUUGUCAAGCAUGACAUGAAUUGAUGUGCAGCGCAGGCUUAUUGGAGGAUAAACAAAGGCGGUGAAAAAGUUGAUUGGUGGUUGUAGCUUUUACUCUCAUCUUUCCUUUUUCUGGGACCAAAACUACUGCUUCUUUUCAGGGUUCAUUACUCCCUAUGGUUGCUUGCUUCGUUGCCUUCUACUUUAGCCAUACGUACUCUACGAGGCAGUGGAGUGAGUGAGUGGAGUUCUCAACCAGCAUUCCUUCAAUAGCGGUACUAAUUAGAGUUGAAAAUUGUGUAUUUUUUGGGCUAAUUAUCUUGUUUGGCAUUUGAAGUUGAUGUUUAACUAUUAAUAACCCAAUAAUGCAGCUCGGUUUUCUUGAUGUGGAAGGCAAUCAUAAUCAAUAGGUUUAUCUGAAGCUAGAUGAGCUUACCAUGACGUCUCAAUUAAACCCGUGAAAUGAUGAUCUCAAUAUACUUUUUACACUUUUCUCACCCUCACUUGUCCAAUGGAUGGUUUGCUUGCCAAAAUAUAGCAGUUGUUUCCACCAAGAAAAGGGUGUAGGAAUUCUGUAACUCCAUAUUGUUUUGUUUUGGUUAUAUAUACGCUGAAAAUGUAGGAUUGUCAAAUGCUUGAUAGGGAAAAAUAUUACAAAAGACGGUAACCCCACUGGGAUAGAUUGAGCAAAAUCUGCUGGGUGGGCUGAGCUGAAUUAUCCGUUUAUCCUUUCUUGAAAUGCACAUCGCUGAUAAGCCGACAGGGUGAAAAAAGAAUCUGGGGAAUGUGGCAUUUUUCAGACCAAAAAAAAAAAAAACCAUGAGGAAACUUUUCCAGUUGUAAAGCAGAGUCAUUGAGAAAAAUGUUCAUUUUUGUUUUUCAUUCAGACCUUUGAAAACUAUGCAUUUGAAAAAAAAAGUGUGAACUCUGCCAUAUUCACAAUACUUUUCCUCACAAUUGCGCACAUCCUUCUGACAUAUACUUGAGUA